GUGAUAAUUCUGGAAGACUACGCGGACCCCUACGAUGCAAAGCGGACGAAGGGCCAGCGGGACGCGGAGAGAGUCGGGGAGAACGACGGCUACAUGGAACCCUACGACGCGCAGCUGAUCAUAACGGAGAUUCGCAGGCGCGGCUCCAAGGACCUCCUGUGCAAGCAGCAGCCGCUGCUGUACGACCCCCCCAGCGAGGGGGAGGGGGGGACCCCCCAGACCGCCCAGCUCUACGACACCCCAGAGGGUAAGGGGGAGGGGGAGGGGGCGCGCCCCGAAAACGACGAGCGCCCCGCGGGAGAGUACGAGCAGCCCUGGGAAUGGAAGAAAGAGGAGAUCGUGAAGGCGCUGUCCGUGCAGUUCGAGAGCUCCGAGCGCGCCCCCCCCUCGAAGGACGAGCCCCCCGGCCCCACCCGGCCGCAGCACCACAGGCAGAAGAGCUGGACUCAGAAGGUGCUGAAACAGCAGCAGCAGCAGCCGCUGUCCUCGAGCCAGCCGCAGCCCCAGCCCCAGCCUGCAGGGGGCAGCAGCGAUGCAGCAGAGAGCAGGGUGGACCCCACACUGCCCCUGGACAAGCAGAGCUGGUAUCACGGCUCGAUCUCUCGGGGGGAGGCGGAGUCUCUUCUGCAGCCCUGUAAGGAGGCGAGCUUCCUCAUCCGGAACAGCGAAUCAGGAAACAGCAAGUACUCCAUCGCCCUGAAGACCAGCCAGGGCUGUGUUCACAUCAUCGUGGCUCAAACUAAAGACAACAAGUUCACCUUGAACCAGAGCAGCUGUGUGCUGGACAGCAUCCCCGCAGUGGUGCAUCACUACACCCGAGAGAAACUCCCCUUCAAGGGGGCGGAGCACAUGGCUCUGCUCCACCCACUGCACCGGCACCACUGAUCCCCAUUGGCCCUCCUCGUCUCUCACACAGCCCGCCCCCUCUCAGAACCUCCCCUUCAAGGGGGCGGAGCACAUGGCUCUGCUCCACCCACUGCACCGGCACCACUGAUCUCAUUGGCUUGUCUCUCUCACACAGGGGGGUG